UUAUUUCUUAACCGCUCCCUCCAUGUUGAGUUACACAAACGUAUGGGGAGUGUAGGUAGUCAUGUCUAUUGAGACGAGGUCGAACUCAGCUCUCUUUAAAAGAGCUGAACAAUUGAAACGUUGGGAAGAAUCAGAAACGAACCGUGUGCCUGGAACACCAAACAGGAAGAAAAAGAAGAUACAAUUUUCUGCGGGAUGUGUGUUUUUAGCUGCGUGUGCUGCCGGAGACAAGGAAGAGGUUCUCCGUUUGCUACAGAAAGGGGCAGACAUAGAUACAGCGAACGUAGAUGGGCUGACGGCGCUACAUCAGGCUUGCAUAGAUGACAAUCUCGAUAUGGUGGAGUUCCUAGUAGAGCAUGGUGCCGAUGUUAACAGAGGUGACAAUGAAGGGUGGACUCCACUCCAUGCCACAGCCUCAUGUGGCUUCAUCAGCAUAGCUAAGUACCUGAUAGAACACGGUGGGAAUGUUGCAGCUGUCAAUGAUGCUGAACUUCCAGUUGACAUUGCUGAAUCAGAUGAAAUGGAGGAAAUGCUUCAACAGAAUAUUGAAGCUAAAGGUAUUGAUUGUGAUGAAGCCCGUAAUGAGGAAGAACGAAUGAUGUUGGAAGAUGCUAAAGCUUGGCUCAAUAGUGGUUUCUUUGAUGAUGAACCACAUCCAAAAACUGGUGCAAGAGCAUUGCAUGUUGCUGCUGCUAAGGGUUACAUCAAAGUUAUGAGAGUACUACUCCAAGGAGGUGCAGAUGUAAAUGUGCAAGAUUUUGAUGGCUGGACACCCCUCCAUGCUGCAGCACAUUGGGGCCAAAAAGAAGCAUGUGAAAUGCUGGUGGAAAAUUUCUGUGAUAUGGAAAUGAAGAACUAUGUGGGUCAAACAGCCUUUGAUAUUGCUGACCCUGACAUGAUCCCAGUUCUUGAGGAACUGCAGAAGAGACAAGCUGCAAUGCAGAGAGAUCAUGCUGCAAACAACGCAAUUUUGCAGAAGAAGGGGACCAACAAUUCCAAGAGAAGGUCAUCCAUCACCCGAAUGUCAGUAGCUGACAAGUCAAACCUUAUAAAUAAAGAUGCAUCAUCUGAACGUCAGAUUCUGGACCAGUCAAUUUCAGAAGAAGAUAGCACCAACAAAAUGCUGAAAGUAAAAGUGGAAAUUGAACCAGUAUCUGACAAAGAAGAUACAAGUGAACACUCUGAUGUCAGUGAAGUUGAGGAUCAAGAACGGUCCAGUGACUCCAGUGACUCUUCAGAUGACACUGAAACAUCUAAUGGUAGUGAAACACAAAGUAGUGUUAAUAGUGCAGAGGAGAAGAAAAACAAGGCUAAUAGGGAUGAUACUGCCAAAACAACAAGCAUAGAAACCAACAAAUUAGUUCCUAACAGUCCGUCCAUGCCAUCUAACUUGCCACAGGAAAUAGAUGACCCUUCAAGAUGGCGAAGGCCUGGUUCUUUACGAAGCCGGGGAGCAAAUGGUGAGGAGGAUAUUACGAAUAAAACUGUACCUGGUAAUGUUGAGAAGGAAAAUCAGAAGGUUUCCACACCAACAGGUACUGUGAACCGCACCAUUGUGGAUAAGCCAGAAGUCUCUGUUCGGAGAACCCGUAGUUUUGAAGCUGAUGAGAAGGGUAUUAAAAAAGAAGCUGAUGAUGCUGUUUCCCCAGUAUCAGAUAUCUUGAAUGCUGUUACAACAGGAACAACCACAAUAACCACUCACACCUCACCGACGAGGCAAUCUCUUCCUGUAGCCAACAGUCCCUUACCAACUAACCAAGUUAGAAGUUUCAGUCCUCCAAAGGACAGUGCUGCCAGCACUUGUCCUCCAACACCACCUACACCCACAACACCCGGUGGGAGUAAGCUAAGCCCAGGGAACAUCUUUAAAAAUUUUUUCAAAUCCUUUGUCCCACCUGUUCGUGAUGAGGAAUCAGAAACGCAAAGGAAAGCACAUGCAAAACGUGUUCGUGAAACACGACGAUCCACUCAAGGUGUCACUUUAGAAGAAAUAAAGUCUGCAGAGCAGCUGGUAAAACGAAAAAAUCAGCAGCAGCUUCAACAAGCAACACAGCAAUUGAGCAAUAAUGAACAGCUUCCUGCUGUUACUAACUCACCAUCAAUUACUGCAACAAUAACUACAGCAAGCCCAACAGUGCCUUCAAAGAGUGUGGCAACAGGUGGAAAAGAAGAGGAAGUACACCAAGAGCGACGACCCUCUUGGAGGCUUAGGGUUGAUAACGGUGACAGGAAUAAGUUUCUACUGGAAGAUGCACGUAGCAAAAGUACUCCAAAUGACACGGCUGCUACAACGUAUGUUAGGAGGACAUCGGGAAGUACUCCAGUGCGACCAUCCUCUGCACCAGUUGACCCAUCAUCUGUCGAUACUACUGUAACAAUAGCACUUAGGCGACAAUCGAAGCCACCAGACGACAGAGAUCAAGAUAAGGAGAAUGACAUCAGAAAUGCACAAGCAACCCAAGGUGUGAUACAAAGGCGGCGGAGACCGAAGCGCAGGUCAACUGGUGUUGUGCACGUAGACAUGGAUGAAAUUGAUCCUGAUCGUCAAGAUGCCCUAACUGGAGGGGAGACACUUGACAUUGCGAAAGGUGCAAAUGAUGAGAGUGGAGGAUCUCCACAGUCGUCACGACUUAGUUCACCUGCAGCAGACUCCCCUAUUAAUUCUCGACAUUCGUCCACUCUUUUGCCGCACGAGGCAAGUGAAAAUGGUGAAAUUGACUACAAAAAGCUCUAUGAAGCCUUACUGUUGGAGAAUGAAAGGAUAAAAGAGAAAUUACAGAAGACUGAGGAGGCUUUGAAUGAAGCCAGGGUGCAGAUUUCAAGCAGUUCUAUACCUCCACCAAAGAAUUCACUAUCGGAGAUGGAGAAACGUGAAAGGAGAGCAAUGGAAAGGAAACUCUCAGAAAUGGAAGAAGAACUGAAACAAUUACAAAAGCUCAAAGCUGAAAACGAAAGAUUGAAAGCAGAAAACCGGGCUUUGACUCGGGUGGUGUCGAAACUCACCAAUUCUGCCAAUGCUACAAAAUAGCUAUUGGAGCAGUUCAGGAGUGAAAAUCAGAAACUGAAAGAUGAGAAUGGUGCCUUGAUUAGGGUGAUCAGUAAGUUAUCAAAGUGAUUGAUCAAUUGAAACAGAAGCUCACAAGCUGUGUUGGAAAUGAAUAAUUUAUUAAAGCUAGUGGAAUAUGCAGCAUUUCUCUGUUAUGUAGGAUGUAUUUAUUUCAGAAAAACUAUACAUUCAGUGAUUUAAGGGAUUCUUUGUAGUUAUUUAGGAACUAGAUUUGUUUUCCUCACAUCAUCUGUAAUUCAUUUCUUAAUUUAUUAUUCAUUUUGCAGUAUUAUAACUAAAGUAUUUUGCACUGAAUUACUCAGAUAUAAAGUUAAUGCUUUGCUUUGAAAUAGAGAAGAAACUUUAUCAAAGUUUUGUGAAGCUGAAAGUGGAGGAUUGAGCUCAAUUUCGUAAUUUUGUUAAAAUUUUUGAGCUCACUGUACGGCCAUGUGUAUGAUUGUGUGGAAGUUUAUCAACAAGAAGAACCUAAAAAUAGUUUAAAUGUUCAAAAUGCAGAUGGAACUGUAUUGUAAACAUUGUAUGUGUAAUUGCUGUCUUAAAAAAGUUAUGUUUUAAAAUAUACUUCAGUUUGUUCACACAUUUUAAUUAGCUUUUACAAAAAUGGCUUAAUGAGAGAUUCCUCCAAAAUUUAUGUUGUAUAUACGUGCAUCUUUAUGAAAACCUGUUGGGUGUUUUAUAUGCAUAUAAAGUUGCCAACUGCUGUAUUGUUUUAAGUUUGAAACAUCUUUUUUUUUUCUAGUCCUCGUUAUAUCAGUGAAUGUCAAGUGUAAAUUAAUUUUGUAAUGUAAAUUGUUUUACAAUUUCCCUAUUUAAAGCAUAUCAUGUGUAGGUCAUUAAAACAUGUUAAGAUGUAUCAUUUUCUAUUGAUGUUUACUAAUAUUGUUGUGAUGUUGUUGCAUCCAUGAUAUUUAAUUACCAAGUCUUCAGAAGGAAACUUGUAAUUCAGGCUUUGUCUGCUGUUUGCUAAGUUGAAUUUUAUAGUUCAUUUUAUUCAUGGAUUGUAUAUUUGUAUUAAAAUUUAGUAAAUAAUUUUAUUGGUAUGUUAUGCAUGAAUGUUUCAGUUACCUUGGUGCUAAAUCCGUUACAGGUUUUUUACACAGUUCUGUUAUUACCACAGAACAAUUGAGCUAUCAGCAAAUAGCUGUGAAAAUGUUUUAGAUACCUGUGUUGAGUGUCUAUUUGUCUGAUAACAACAGAUAGUUAAGUAGACAAUGAAGUCUCCUAUUUUCGUCUGGUCUGUUAAAUUAGUCUGAUGGAGGUCUUAGCACGUGACAAAUGGGUGAAGCAACCUUUUCAUAUUCUGUUGAAUCUGUUCCCAGAAUAAUUUUAUGCACUGGAAAAUUUCUGCCAUUGUCUGUGUAAAAGUGCCUUGUUUGCUUGUAAUAUUUGAAAUGAAAUGUACAUUUUUAUAGUAAAACAUCACUAGAACUUCUAAAUAAAACACUUCUCUAUGUUUACAUAAA